UCACUUAUCUGAAUCAUUGCGUUGCGCUGGUUGGAAAGUGAAUAUAUAACACUCACGAGCUCGUCCUAGUCUCACUCUCAACCCAACUCGAAACCUAAGACAAGCUCAACCAUACAUACAUAUUCAGAGAAAAUCUCAACUUGUACCUUCAGACCUAGAAAUUUAUUAUUUCCACUCCAAUAGCCUUGACUUGCAUUUGAAUUGUCAGAGAUAAAACCGAAAGUGAGCCGGUAGAAAAGAACAAGUAACGCGGAAAAGUAUCAAAAUUGUUGUCGAAUUGCUUAAGAGAUAUAUAAACGUUUGGAUUUCAGGAGAAAUUUCUGCAAAAGUUGACAGUGACAGUGAAAUAUUCUAAAACUGAAAUAUAUUUGACAUUAAGCUUUCGUCAAGAACCGAUUACGUUUGUGACGCACACAAGGAUUUUGCAGUCUUAGAAAUUUAAAGAAACGUCUUAUCUCAGUUGCCUCAAGUUAAACCUGGGCUUAAGGUCGAUCAAUACCUACAUUUGAAACAAAGAAGGAAAUUGAAUAGCCAAGUGGAACCACACAAAAUUUAGUUAAAUCAAAGUAUUUCAAAGCGUGAGACGUUUGUGCAAGAUUGUACAUUGGAACAUUAUUCAACCCCAACACACACCUGUAAGCUCGUGAAACACUUUAGACAAGAUGCAUAAACUAGGAACAACGCUCUGUGUCAUCCUCGUCGUCUUAAUUGCAACCUUCAGCACCUCUGUAUCUGGAAGGCCAACGGACAAGCUAAUUAGACACAAAAGGCAAAGUGACCAACGUCUGGCGGAACUCGAAACCUUAUUGGCGCUGCAGAAAUAUCGUCAUCAUCGACUUCGACCAGAGCACAAAGGUUCUCAGCCUGGUUAUGGUGUCAUCGAUUUUAAUACAAUAGGGCGAAGGAAGAAGUCAACACGUUUCUCUCCCGGGGAAAGGAGCUUAGAUCACGACAUCCGAGAAGACUCUAUCAAUCAGGCAGCCAAAAAUCUGAGCGACGACCUAGAGUCCCCAGUUGCCGAUGUUGCUGAUCCUACUCUUAAUGAGAAAAUAGAUAACCUAUUGGGCAUCAAGUCCUUACUGGAUCAGCAAAGCCAGGAGAAAGUGAACAUCGAGGAGGCCCCGCAAAGGCUGGAUGAUUUUGCUGAGAAAAAAUAAGAAACUGAACUUUUGACCUUUGGGCCAAGAGAAAAUACUUGGAAAUUUUUGUUGGCAUUAUUUGACUUGAAGUCUUCGGUUUAUUUUACGUCGCUCCUUCUGGCCGUGUAUCUUGCUUCCCUCCUGGCUGCUUGAUUCCUGUAUGACGCAGAAAAUAUGUUCGCCCACCAUUUCUCCUCUUUUGAUGAGGUCGGGCCGUUUAUUGCAAAAGGGAACGCCGGAGUUUCUUAAUAAAUAGAACUUUAUGCAAGAUAUAUCAACAAUGUAACAAAACCUCAAAUUGGAAUGUUCCACCCACCCGUGAGCUAUAUCUAUAAAGCCGCGUUGAGCACAACAACGUCUUAUGUACCAACAAUUUGAGGAAUUUACAACAACUCCACCGUUCAUUUAUUUGCCACUUCACUCAGUUUUAGCUAUUCUAUUGAGAAUUCAAACCGUUGAACCACUGGGGAUACUUGUAGAACCAGAAAAUUAUCGUUUCGCUUAAACUUUGUACACUUUAGCAUUCCUGUUUCGGUUUAAAUUGAAUGUUCAAGGAAGUAAAUUGAGCAUGAGGAUAAGAAGAAAAGCAAGCUUUCUUUGUAAUUCAAUAUGUAGGAGAAAGUGAUCCUUUCACGUUUAGGCAACACACUUUAGAUCAGAAAAUGUAGCUGUACGUUGACUUAUUUAUGAAGGAGAUUGCUACCUGAGGGUCACAGUGAAUGUAACACAUACCUCCAACCAACAAACUAUAACUUUAAGAAUAGUAAACCUUUGAUCGUUUAAGAAAGAAUAUGUUGAGAUACUCGAAGAAAAAUCCAUGUUUGUCGAUACCUAGAUAGACCAGGGAGAGAGAAUGUUUGUGAUUUAAUGCAAUACGUAUAUAGUGGGUGUAUUGUAGGUGGUUAGCAAUCAAUAGUAAUAUAUCAGCAUAAAUUGCAUGUGGAGGAACUAGUAUUAUCACAAAAAUCGAAUUAUUUAUUAUAGAAUGAACAAAGAAUUGCGACAAAGUUGAAAAAAACUACAGAUAUUUGUGGUUUAAUAAGUUACUAAUUAGUUUCAAGUUUCAUGAAGUACAUUGUUAUGUAGUUAGAGUCAAAUGUUAUGAUAAAAUACAUAUGUAUAACCCACUGUCUUGUAAAUAAUGAUCUCAUUAGAAAAUAGUCAAUACUGAUAUCAAAUAAAGUAGCAAAACAUUUAGAGCACUACUAAACGAUUUAUUAUUUGAAAAUCUCAAUUUGAUUUGAUUUCAACAUUUUAUGUUUUAUACCCAAUAUGUUUACUUGAUGUACAACAUUAUUAACUUAUACAUACAUUUAAUCCUAAGUAGUGUAUUAGACCUUCAAAUUAUUUUAUUCGAAAUAUACGUGUAGGAUGGUACAUAAUUUGGAUACCGUCUUUAUGUAAUUGUUGAUCAUACAUUUUAAAAUAAAAAUAACACGAAAAAAAA